AUGACUCCGCUUUCUCCCUCACCUGUCCCGUCCGCAGUCUCCUCAGCCGCAACUUCUCAAUAUUCACAUGACCCCCGGGAUGGAGACCCUUCGGUAACACGAGCCCUGGCGGGCAUGAACCUGUCCGCGUCGAACGGGGACAUGCUCCCUCCGCCGUCCUCACCGGCCACGAAACCUACUACCAAAGGCAACAUGGCCUCUCGCAUUUCUCGCAUGUUCUCGAGCUCGGGGAAACAAACCCCGACUCGAGACCACGACGUUACCCACCGCGAGCUCUCCGAUAGCAGUAUGGAGAGCGUUCAGCCACUUAACGGCAUCCAAAAGCCAAACUCAAAGGCUUCGUCUCGCGCAAACUCAAGACCCCCCUCUCGCGCCCCUUCCCGACAACCCUCGCUCAAAAGUGAGCCCGUCGACAAUACGAAGAAGAAGCCGGCCAACUCCAAAGACCAGAAGGAUGGUGCCCCGCCCCACAAGCGCUUCGAGGUCCUUCCCGAGGGCACCGGCACUCACAACCAUCACCUUCGAAGCGCCCGACGACAGGAGAAACUCACCGACCUCCUCCGAGACAUGCUAGGCGGUGGAAGGAAAAAGGGUGACGACCAGGCUGAUGAGCAGCAGUUGUCCCUAAUGUCGACCUGGAUCGACCAAUUCAAAAACGAGCGCGAUAAGCUGGCCGCCGAUAAGAAGGGUGGACCCAACGCGACCGCGUCCCUGGUGGACAAAUAUGGCAAAUGCCAGGAAAUUGUUGGCCGUGGUGCCUUCGGUAUCGUCCGUAUCUCCCACAAGGUGGAUCCCACAGACUCCAAGUGUGAGCAACUCUAUGCCGUCAAGGAGUUCCGCCGCCGACCCCAGGAGACGGCCAAGAGGUAUCAAAAACGAUUGACCUCUGAGUUCUGUAUCUCCUCCUCCCUUCGCCACCCUAACGUCAUUCACACCCUCGAUCUGCUGCAAGAUGCCAAGGGCGAUUACUGCGAGGUCAUGGAAUAUUGUGCUGGUGGUGACCUCUACACCCUUGUCCUGGCAGCCGGCAAACUCGAAGUCGCCGAGGCAGACUGCUUCUUCAAACAAUUGAUGCGUGGCGUCGAGUACAUGCACGAAAUGGGUGUCGCCCACCGCGACUUGAAACCCGAAAAUCUGCUGCUUACCACCCACGGUGCCCUGAAGAUUACCGAUUUCGGCAACGGCGAGUGCUUCCGGAUGGCUUGGGAAAAGGAAGCACACAUGACCGCCGGUCUCUGCGGAUCUGCACCAUACAUCGCCCCAGAGGAAUACAUCGAGAAGGAAUUUGACCCCCGCGCCGUGGAUCUGUGGGCCACCGGCGUGAUCUAUAUGGCAAUGCGAACAGGUCGCCAUCUCUGGCGUGUGGCGCGCAAGGACGAAGAUGAGUUCUACCAGCGGUAUUUGGAGGGCCGGAAACACGAAGAUGGAUAUGCGCCAAUUGAGACGCUGCAUCGGGUAAGCACUACUACUGCCGCUGCAGGUCAUUCAUGCAAUGCAGGACAUCAGACUGACUCCACAUGUACUUUCCAGGCCCGUUGCCGCAACGUGAUCUACUCUAUUCUGGAUCCGAACCCAUCUCGCCGAAUCAAUGCUUCUCAAGUCCUCAAGUCUGAAUGGGUCCGACAGAUUAAGUUGUGCAAGGCCGGCGAGGAAGGAUUUUGA